UCUAUUUUAAGACCUUAGGUUGAACAUUUGAACCGUCGUUUGGUGAUAAAUCCUUUAACAAGGACAAAUAGUUGACGUCAUUUGUGUUCCACUUUAUCGCUAAGAUCGCCUCUACCUAAAACUUAAGACAUUAUAUUGAACGAUUUACAGGGACAAGAAAAUGAUGUUAUAUCUGCUGAGUGUAGCUUUAGUUCUUCAACUCUCCAUUAACGGAACAGCGGCUCUUCAAUGUUACAACUGUUCUAACAUAUCUGAUGCUGGCGAUUGUUUGACGGUAACAGACUGUCGGGCCGGGCAGUCGUGUUACAUGCACAAAGUGUCAUCUGGUAAAAUCGUAACUUUAGGAUGUACAGAUAACCAACAAUGUGGUGUGACACCAGGUUUAGUUGGUAGAGGAGUUGACAAACGACAACAAUCCCAAUGUCACGAGUGUUGCAGCACGGAUAAAUGCAAUAAGAACCUGUGUUCUCAUCUGACACUGCAAAUUCACUUUACGGGUGAUGCUCACGACCUUCCCCCUGGGAAAAUUUCUCAUUAA